CCAUCAGGGGUCGCUGUGGAGACGCGGUGUUGCCAGGGAGACGGCUGAAAACAACAGUUGCACAGAAAUGGCUUCAAGUGUCCCGACUGUGCCCGGGCCAGUCUCACAGCAGCGGCUGUACGCGUUGCAGUGAACACCGGUUGCUUCUCCCUAUCCAUCCCAGUGGGAAGUUAAGCGCACGUUCGGCGCGUGCGGGAUGGUAAAAGUGUUCCCGUCGUCCUCCUGGAACUCCCAUUCAUCUGGCUGUUUGUGAAGUGGACGACUGAUCACAGAAGGAGCAUAAAGGACGACAUACUUCACCGGUGUGCAAUGGCCCCUGAGUUGAGCGGUCUGGGCUUCAAUACCUUGUAACGCUCUGACAGACCUGAGACAACACUGGGGUGGUGUGAGCUGUACACAGCUGCAGCAGGGAUGAUUACAUCCCACAUGAACGGGUUUGUCCAAGAGCCCACCGGUCAGGCCAAGAGCCACAGGGAGAGGGCCGUGGACUGUCCAGGGGAGGAAGGCAGCCUCGUCAAAUCGCCGCAGAGCACUGCCCACAUGGAGCGGAUCCAGCAUUACCAGGAGGAGCUGAGGAAGAGGAGAGAGGAAGACAGCAGGGGGAAACACGGCAUAGACCCCAACGCUUCUCUGAGGCUCAAGAAGCUGGCGCAGAACCCCAAGGUGGGCAUCGACAAUCCCACCUUCGACGGGAAGGAGGCCACCAAAGAAACAAGCUCUCCAGAUCUUUUCAUCGAACUGGAGGAGCUGCUGCAGUCUCUGAAGUGGGUGCAGCACUGCUUGACCGACGCUCAGAGCCAGCAGGACGUGGAGCUGUUGAUGCAGCUCCUCGCCAAGGAGGACUUCAGGAAUGCCUACACGGUCUACAACGCCGUGUCCCAGCAGAUGAGCCGAGCCAGUCCCACCUCCCCGCUCACCGCACAAGCACAGCACCUCUGCCACGAGGUGCAGAAGAUUCUCCAGUCGAGCCAACAAAAGGAGGGUUUGGAACUCAGAGCUUUGCUCACCAAGCCUCAUCUACAGGCAUUAAUGCAGGCCCACGACAGCGUGGCAGGGCAGGAGAUGGCAGAGGAAAGUGUGACCCAGUACCUCGGAGAGACGGUCAAGUUAGUGCGGCUGGAGAAGGCCAGAGACACCCCACUGGGUGCGACGGUACGGAACGACAUGGAGAGUGUGGUGGUGAGCCGCGUGGUGAAAGGUGGGGCGGCGGAGCGGAGCGGCCUCCUCAGCGAAGGAGACGAGAUCCUGGAGAUCAACGGGAUCCCUAUUCGAGGGAAACAUGUCAACGAGGUCCACGAUCUGCUGCAACAAAUGCACGGCUCCCUGACCUUCCUCCUCAUCCCGAGCUCUCAGAUUAAACCUGCCCCACACAGACAGACUGUGAUGCACGUCCGAGCUUACUUCGACUACGACCCCUCCGAUGACCCCUUCGUGCCGUGUCGGGAGCUGGGCCUGUCCUUCCAGAAGGGAGACAUCCUCCACGUCAUCAGCCAGGACGACCCUAACUGGUGGCAGGCCUACCGGGACGGGGACGAGGACAACCAGCCACUGGCUGGACUCGUCCCAGGUAAAAGUUUCCAGCAACACAGGGAGACAUUAAAGAAAUCUAUAACAGACAAGAGUCGAGAGCCUCAAGGGAAGGGCUGGUAUGCCAAGAAGAGCAAGAAGCAGAGGAAGAAGAGCGUACCCAACCUGAACAGGAACACCGACUACGAAGACAUCCUGACCUAUGAGGAGAUGUCCCUGUACCACCAGCCGGCCAAUCGAAAGCGCCCCAUCGCUCUGAUUGGUCCGACAAACAGCGGCCACGACGAGCUGCGCCGAAGGCUCCUGUCCAUCGAGCCCGACAAGUUCGCCGUCGCCAUUCCACACACGACCAGGACCGCUCGCAUCCACGAGCGGAACGGGCGCGAGUACCACUUCGUGGGCCGCUCGGCCUUCGAAACCGACCUGGCGGCGGGGAAGUUCAUCGAGUCCGGGGAGUACGAGAAGAACCUGUACGGCACCAGCACCGACUCCGUCCGGCACAUCGUCAACUCUGGCCGCAUCUGCCUGCUGUGCCUGCACACCAGGUCCCUGGGAGUGUUGAGGUCUUCCAACCUGAAGCCAUAUGUCAUCUUCAUUGCUCCUCCUUCUCAAGAACGACUACGCACCCUGCUGGCCACAGAGGGGAAAACACCGAAGCCGGAGGACCUGAAGGAGGUCAUCGAGAAGGCCCGCGAGAUGGAGCACAACUUCGGCCACUUCUUCGACGCCACCAUCGUGAACGCCGAGCCGGACCAGGCCUUCCACGAGCUGCGCAGGCUGAUAGACAAGCUGGACACGGAGCCGCAGUGGGUGCCCACCUCCUGGCUGUGCUAGAGGCUCCCGGAGACGGGAGCCAGGGACGCACAGCGGCGGGUCGUCACUGGAUUGUCACUUGCACAUUUUCCUCGUUUGAAGAGGAGGCUGUCGUUAGCACGUCUUGCAUGGAUGGACUCCAGUUUCUUUACUUUCUUUUUUUGUUGUUUUUGUUGUUGUUGUUGCUGUGUCUUUGUGAAGGAAUGUUUUGUUAUUUUUACUCAUCUCUCUUUUAUGCAAACCAUCUAUCAAACAAAUAGACAUAUUUCAAUUGUGAAUAGUUAUUUAUAACUGUAAAUAUAUGUAUAUUUUCUAGACCAAAGAAGAAGCUAUUUUAUUGUUUCAUUUUGUGUUUGAUGCCUGAAACGGCACACUCGACUGGGAGGCUGUCGAAGUAUUCCAGAGGUUACCUGAUGAAGCAGCGAGCCAAAAACUCAUCGCAUACCAAACUGAGGAAAAGCGCUCGUGCUUCUAGCGGCCUCUAACUUCAGCUGGAACCUGCACACACUCGCAGGCAGUCCAGAGGCAGUAUUAUUUCAUGUUGUGACAACAGAUCAGCGUCUGACUCGGUAUCGUUACUAUCAGUGUGUAACUGCUGCACAGGGCAGCUCAUCUUGUUUGUUUUGGGAUUUUUUUUUACCAGUAUAUGAAAAGAUCAAUUUAAAAUUAGAGUAAGUCCAAACAAUCCUCUGUAGUUUGUUUGCAGGAUAUCCGAGCACAACAUUUGGAGCAGUGGUAAUAAAAAUGG